AUGCAAACUAAACGCGGAAUAGACAUGCUGCCGCUCUCCUCCUCCUUCCUUCACCUCCUCCUUAUCCUCCUCCUGCGGACCUCCUCCCCCGCCUCGGCUGACAGGCGCUUCGGUUGUCUGUUUGAGCGAGAUCUUUGUACACCGCUGGAGCUGUGCGUCAAUGACGGGAUGUUCGGGAGGUGCCACUCCAUCCCUGUCGAGGAUGCUUAUUUGUACGACGUAACUCUGCCAGUCGUGCAACACUUUAGAUUGUUGCUGGACAAGAUGGCCGCCAAAGGUUUGACGUGGGAAGACGACACCACCCAGCACAUUCUGGCCAAAGAACUUUCCAAAGUCGGGAGGAUUCCUCAGCGGCCGCCGUCAAACGCCGCUGCAGGCACGCGCGCCAGGCCGGCGGAUCCGGUGGAGGCGGAGCUUAACAGGAACCUGCAGGCGUAUCUCCGACGUGUCGGACUUCUCCCAAAGGGCAGCAAGAGCGGCGGAGUCCAGUCGGACCUCUACAGCUCCGUGCCGGAACUCCCGAUCUCUAAGACGUCUCCGUCCUUCAAAGCCCGGCAAAAGCCGUCGGCGAAUGAGCUCCAAGUGCUGUUGAGUUUCCUGACACUCCUCCUCUCAACACAGCCCGGCGCCUCGACCCGUCUCGGGAACUCCCGGUUCGGACCCGACGCUUCCGCUAAGCAACCUCUCACGUCGGUGGACGAAAAGUUCAUCCAGAACGUGUUGAGGAACAUGGGCAGGCAGCACCUGGACGUGGACAACCUGACGCCUCACGACGUGGACCAGCUGUCCGACUUCAUCGUGGACGCCCUUCAAGUGGUUGACAAGGACCGGGAACGGGUUCGACCUAGAGACUCUGAAGUCGAGGGAGGAGAAAGGAAGGAGGACGGAGAUGCGGAGCGAGCUUCCGCCACGAGGACGAGCUCUUCCGAUACGCCUGAAGGAGUCCAGUCAACGAGUAGCGAGGACAACGUGAAGGACAAGGCCGGCGGUGAAAACGUAUUCAGCAAACUGUUAAACUACUUGGACCAAAAAGCCUCUUGGUCUCCCUCCACUACCACGUCUCCUCCUCGCCGACGGUCGGGCGUGGAGAACGUCCACAGCCGCAGCGUGUCGGUGCAGAAGAAGGACGCUGAGCAGUCGGUGGAGGAAGUGUCAGAGGUGGCGGGCUGGCUGAGGGAGGUGGCGCCCCCGCCUGCCGCUGUCAAAUACCAGCCAACGCGUCAGAAGGUGCCCCAGGAACUCCAGCUGGACGUCAAAGCUGGUGGGAAGUCUGCCGGCGACGACGUCUUCGGAUACGUCAUCACAGACACUGACGGUCUUCAGACGGACCAAGGUCUGCACUUGAUGGAGAUAUUGGCUGGCAUGGCCAGAAUCCAAAUCAGCAACAUCGCCGAGUUGUCGGUGGUGGGCCCGGCAGUCACCUUCAAGGUCAGCCCCAACCGGCAAAAUGUUACCACGGCGGAUGUGGUGCGAGUGGCCGAGACACAGAAAGCGGCGCUGGAGAAGGAAGCCAAGCUCAGCAUCCUGGAGGCGGGAGUUGCAGAUGGCAACGAGAUCCUGGCCAUCCCGGGCAAGUACAGUCAGGCUGAGUCCACCAAGUUCCUGGCCCUGACAGUGGCUUCUAUCUUGUGCAUCGUCUUGGUACUGCUGUUAUCCAGUGUCAGCUACUGCCUCCGACACCGCUCGCACCACAAGCUCAAGGAGAAACUCACCAACCUGGGAGCGGACGCCGGCCAGGAUGCCACCGCCGCCUACCAGGAGUUAUGCCGUCAGCGCAUGUCGGUCAAGCCGCCGGCGGAGCGUCCGGAGCCGAGCUCGUCCCGCAUCAACAGCGUGUCUUCGCAGUUCAGCGACGGAGGGGGCGGCGCUUCGGCCGUCAGCCCUUCGGCCCGGAGUAGCCUUUCGUCCUGGAGCGAGGAGCCCGCUCAGCCCAACAUGGACAUCUCCACCGGCCACAUGAUCCUGUCGUACAUGGAGGACCACUUAAAAAACAAGAAUCGCCUGGAGAAGGAGUGGGAGGCCUUGUGCGCCUACCAGGCCGAGCCCAACGCGUGCACAGCGGGUCUGAAGGACGGCAAUGCCAAGAAGAACCGGUCGCUCGCCGUGGUAGCCUAUGAUCAUUCUCGCAUCACAUUGCGCCUGGAAAACAGUCAAGGCAAUUCUGACUACAUCAACGCCAGCCCUAUUAUGGACCACGACCCUCGGAACCCGGCCUAUAUCGUCACGCAAGGCCCGCUGCCGUCAACCGUGGCAGACUUCUGGCAGAUGGUUUGGGAGAACGGCUGCGUAGUGAUUGUCAUGCUGACGCCUUUGGUAGAGAAUGGUGUGAAACAGUGCUACCACUACUGGCCGGACGAGGGUUCCAAUCUCUACCACAUUUACGAGGUCAAUCUGGUGUCGGAGCACAUCUGGUGCGACGACUUCCUGGUACGGAGCUUCUACCUGAAAAACAUGCAGACCAAUGAGACGCGGACCGUCACGCAGUUUCACUUCCUGACUUGGCUCAACCAGAACGUCCCAGAGACCAGUCGCACCCUGCUGGACUUCCGCAGGAAAGUCAACAAGUGCUACCGCGGACGUGCCUGUCCUAUCAUUGUGCACUGCAGCGACGGUGCCGGCCGAAGCGGGACGUACGUCCUGAUCGACAUGGUCCUCAACAAGAUGGCGAAAGGGGCUAAGGAGAUCGACAUUGCGGCUACGUUGGAGCACCUGCGAGACCAACGUCCUGGGAUGGUCAACACCAAGGAUCAGUUCGAGUUUGCGUUGACGACGGUGGCCGAAGAAGUCAACGCCAUCCUUAAAGCGCUUCCUCAGUAG